CUCCUUCCCGGCCGUCGAUGGGAGCUGGAGCUGAAGCUGAGCAAGGUGGCUCCUUCGCUCCUCUCCUCUGCAGCAUCGCAGCCGGCGGCACUUCCCUUCCCCUCUUGCCUUGUAACCUAAGCUAAGCCUAGCCUUCGUUCCUCCUUAGCAGAAAGAUAAGGAGAAAUCUGAGAGAGACAGAGCGAGGAUCCCCAUUGCCAUGAGCUGCUCCUGGAAGCGUGUGCCUUUCCUGGGCUGCCUCCGUCCCGCCCGCCUCCCGCCCCGCCAGCGGCAGCAGCAGCAGCUCCUUCCCUCCUCCUCCUCGUCGUCCUCGGCCUGCGCCCUGGAGCCCAAGGCGGCCCCGCUGCCGGGCCCGGUCUGCCCUCGGCCUCCCUGCGCCCCCUCGGCGCCCCCUCCGCCGCCCCACGCCUUGGCCGCCCUGCCCGGACCCACCAAGUGGCCGCUCAUGGGCAGCCUCCUCGACAUCCUCUGGAAAGGCGGGCUCAAGAGGCAGCACGAAACCCUGGCAGAUUACCAUCGCAAGUUUGGCAAGAUCUUCCGCAUGAAGCUCGGUGCUUUCGACUCAGUACACAUUGGUGCACCUUGCUUGCUUGAGGCUCUCUACAGGAAAGAGAGUGCCUACCCACAGCGGCUAGAGAUCAAGCCCUGGAAAGCUUACCGGGACUACCGUAAAGAGGGCUACGGACUCCUUAUCUUGGAAGGAAAAGACUGGCAGAGAGUAAGAAGUGCAUUUCAGAAGAAAUUAAUGAAGCCCACAGAAAUUGUCAAGCUUGAUUCCAAAAUUAACGAGGUCCUAGUAGAUUUCAUGCAACAAAUUGACAUCCUUUGUAAUGAGAAUGGACAAAUAGAAGAUUUGUAUUCUGAACUGAACAAAUGGUCAUUUGAAAGUAUUUGCCUGGUGCUGUAUGGGAAAAGAUUUGGACUCCUGCAACAAGAUGUUGGAGAUGAAGGCUUAAAUUUCAUCAAGGCAGUGAAAACGAUGAUGAGUACUUUUGGGAAAAUGAUGGUCACUCCUGUUGAGCUCCAUAAAAGUCUGAAUACUAAAGUCUGGCAGGCUCAUACAAAGGCAUGGGACAAUAUCUUUAAGACAGUCAAAAGUUCAAUUGACAGCAGAUUGAAGAAGCACUCAGCCAACCCCUCUGAAGAUUUCCUCUGUGACAUUUACUUUGGGAGUCAGCUUUCCAAAAAGGAGCUGUAUGCUGCUAUCACUGAGCUCCAGAUAGCUGGCGUUGAAACGACUGCCAACAGUUUGCUUUGGGCCCUUUACAACAUCUCAUGCAAUCCGGACGUCCAGGCAAAACUGUUUGAAGAAAUACAGAGUGUCGUCUCAGAUGAUGAGGAUCCAAAUGCCGAACAUCUAAAGAAAAUGCCCUACUUAAAGGCAUGCCUGAAAGAAUCUAUGAGGUUAACACCAUCUGUGCCAUUUACUACUCGGACACUUGACAAGGAAACUGUUCUUGGAAACUAUGCUCUUCCUAAAGGGACAGUGUUGAUGAUCAACAGCCAUGCUCUGGGAUGCAAUGAAGAAUACUUCAGCAACUGGACUCAAUUUAAGCCAGAGCGUUGGCUCCAAAAGACCAUCAAUCCCUUUGCUCAUGUUCCAUUUGGCAUCGGGAAGAGGAUGUGUGUUGGACGCCGCUUGGCAGAGCUACAGCUUCAAUUAGCUCUUUGUUGGCUUGUGCGGAAGUAUCAGAUAGUAGCAACAGAUGAUAAACCAGUAGAAACGCUGCACUUAGGAAUCCUUAUCCCCAACAGAGAACUUCCCAUCGCAUUCAGAAAACGUUAAGAUACUUCGGAAGAAAACAGAAGACUGCUGACUGCUGCUUUUUCUGCAGACAAUAUUCUUGAUGUCUGGAAUCCUAACUAUCAAUGACCAGGCAGCAUGUGUGCUGAUGCCAAGGAGAGAACAAUGGCCAUCCAAAGCUAGCUUUGACCUUGCUUAAGGGGCAAAUCCAUCAAACUGUGGUUAGCACACUCUAAAAGCUAUAAUGAAAGCAAAAACAGACCCUGCCUUUAUUAUAGAGGCCAGGGGUGGAAGGGUGACAGAGCUAAACAGGGACUGGCAGAGGGCAAUGGAUCUUUUCAUGCAGCUUUGGCAAAAAUCCAUUGCUGCUCACCUGCCAAUAUGUGAAAUCAACACCCAUCCUGUUAAUGUUUCUGGGAUCUGCUGGGCAGGAAUGGGUGAGACUUGCAAGUUCAGCAUUACAAUGCAGGGCACGGCUGCAAGAGAAAAGGAAAUUGCUUCAAUUCUUCCCAAAUUCUGAAGUUUCCAAGAAGCAUUUCAUGCACCUGCAAGGCUAGUUUGUGAUGAGGGGGAAAAAAAUCAUGGAUCCAAGAAACAUUCCAAGAGGGUACCAAAUUUAUGUUUCAACAAGGGGAAAAGAAACAGCAAGAAAUGUGAUGGGUAUAUUUAUAGCUGCAAUAACAAUUUUAUGACUUUAUGAUGUUCAAAAUACAAUAGGUUGUCUUAACUACCUUGAUGUUGCAAACAUAAGUGUGGAUGAUCCCAUCUUAUCUCGUUGAUAUUUCCCCCCAGCUGUGUGUGUGUGCAGGCUGUCAUUGCAGUAGAUUGUAUCAAGGAAUAAGAGAUCUGCUUGGAAAAGUUGUAUUUUGCUGUACAACCCUAGAAUUCUCUAGUCAGCAUAGCCAAUAGUUGGGGAAUCCAGUGCCAUCACCAAAAAGUAACUUUUCCAAACUUCGGAUCUCCUCAUGCUUCGAGUGGUAUUUCUUAGCUCUUUCUGUCUGUGUAAUGCUCUGGACAAGUAAGUGGACAGAAAUCUAGUGUUCUGCACAGCCUUAUGGAAUGGUUCUGUGUUUUAAAUGCCCAAACCAGCUUGGGUGUUUGUGUGGAUUGUUCAGAAAGAAUUUAUAAUACAACACCAUCAAGUUUACUCGCUCAAAUUAAGCCAUGUAUGUGUAGGAGCCUCAUAAGGCUUGUGUUUUUGUUAGAUGUGGCAAUAUCCCCACCCUUGAAAACAAAAAGAAAGAAAUAGUGUUAUAAAACACCCAAAUAAAUAGCAGCUGUUGGAGAUGGGAUGAAGGCAUUUACUUCAGAAGGAAAUCGAAAUGUGUGCAAGCUUGUUUUCUAGAUCUGUGUAGCAGAUAAGAUAUUACAAAAAGCAAGCUGGGUGGCUAGGGGAGGAAAGCAGUCUGUUAUUAAAAUCAUGAAGUUUGCACAACAUCCUGAGAUUGAACAGAGAAAAAAGAAUACACAAACAUUCAAAUGUCUUUGUUAUAUAAUCUGAAUCUUUGCCUGCAAUAAACUAGAAACAAAAGUGGAAAAGUUUUAUCCUUUAGUUGUUCAAAAAGUAGGGGCACCGGGAAUGUUCUCUAACACUUUCUGUUUAUUUCCCCCCUGGAUUUUAACAUUUCAAAAUUGCUGCAUGUACUCUUUUGUGUAUAUUUAUUUUGUGUCUGUGUUACCUGAAUAGUCUGAGAGCUGUAGUCCAAAAAGUAGCCCUUUCCAAGAUCUGAAAAAGGCAGCCCAAGCCUCACUUAUGGAAUUCACUGCAUUAAGAAGUGGCAAUAGUCUCAAGCUUUUAGUACUUUCAACAAGGAUUGGAAGGGGGGAAAACGUUAUUACAACUAUGCAGUGAUCAAGUUCAAAAUGAGUUUACCUCUGAAUAAACAGUUCGUGUGAGUCAAAAAGAGAGUGGGGGAGAAUGUUUUAAUGUCCAGUUUUUGCACAACUGGUUAGCCAUUCUAAGAACAAUAACUGGUAUAUUAAACAGGCUGUUGGUCUGAUCCAGUUCUGCCCCCCUUAUAUUCAUGCCUUCAGCUUGGUGGAUUAAAUUGUGGAGAUCACACUUGAACAUCAAGGUGUGAUGAAGAAAAGGAUUUAGGACCCCCAUGUGUUGCUGACUUCAGCUGUAAGAGGGUCUGUCCAGUAUGACCAAUUGGAUGAAAUUAUGGUAAUUGAAGUCAAAAACAUAAGUUUCCAUUUCAUGAGCUGAAAUAUGAGUAAUAUAGUUCACCAGUAUUUUCUCCCAUUCUUUUUUGUUUCUUUUGCAGUUUUGUAUUCCUUUUUUGUACCUGUAAAUAAUAGUUUUAAAUAUUUAAUAUAUUUAGAGAACUGUUAACAUUUUAUGAUCCUCUGUGUAGGACUGCAUAUUUUUAAAAGAAACAUGUUUGAGUUUUAAAUUGUUGAUAAUGAAAUGCACCAAUGAGAAUUUUGUAAUAAAAAGCAAUUUCUAGUA